UUGAAAACCCCUAACCUCGUCCUCGAAAAGGGAGGGGGGGGUUAAUCCCAUUUCUACUUGCUCCGACGACGGCGAUGAAUAAUAACUCAACCGACGAUUCGGAGUGGGAAGUGAGACCUGGUGGUAUGCUCGUCCAACGAAGAGACGACUCUGCCUCCUCCUCCGACCCUCAACAUCCCGCCGUUUUCGGCCAGGCCAUCAGGAUCAACGUUUCCCAUGGCUCCUCGCACCACGAUCUUCACGUCUCUGCUCACGCCACUUUCGGGGAUGUGAAGAAAGCCCUUGUCCAGAAAACUGGAUUAGAGGCUGCUGAUCUGAAGAUCUUGUUCAGGGGAGUUGAGAAAGAUGACGCUGAGCAACUGCAAGCUUCUGGUGUUAAGGAUGGGUCUAAGGUUGUCCUCGUGGAGGAACCUAUGAAGAGAGUGGAACAAGUUGAACAGCCUCCAGUGAUGACUGAAGAGAUGGCUAAGUCUAUUGCUGCAGUUAAAGCUGUCUCAGGAGAGAUCGAUAAGCUCUCCGAUAAGGUUGUUGCUUUGGAAGUUUCUGUUAAUGGAGGGACGAAAGUUGCGGUGGAGGAGUUUGACAUGACUGUUGAGCUUCUCAUGAGGCAGUUGCUCAAGUUGGAUGGUAUAGAGGCAGAAGGGGAAGCUAGAGUACUGCGAAAGGCAGAGGUACGUAGAGUGCAAAAGUUGCAGGAGGCAGUGGAUACGUUGAAGGGAAGAUGUUCAAACCCAUUUGUGGAUCAGAGCAAAGCUGCAGCCGUAAGCACAGAGUGGGAAACAUUCGGAAGCGGUGUUGGAAGUUUGAACCCUCCUCCUCCAGCUUCUCCUUCUGCUAAUGUAACUCAAGACUGGGAGAAAUUUGACUGACCGUUUUAUUAUUGUUACGUAUCCCAAAUAAAAAAAAAAAAAAAAUUCUCUUGUUCCUUUUUGUUACUGUUGUUAAAUGAGAAAAUGUUUUAAGAAAAAAUAUUGGUUUUAUCCUUUGAAUGUUAUUAUAAAUCUCUCAGUGUCUGAGUCUGAAUA